AUGGCAAAAACAGCAGAAUGGGUAGUAGUACCACAGGCAAAGGCAACUGUCGAGAUGAAGAAAGAAUUGGAAAGAAUGGUAAAUGCUAUAGUGGAGGAGGAGGAUUAUACAGUAGAGGCAACUGAUCAUGCUAUGGAAAUUUUGUGGGCUCUUAAGGAUUUGAAGUUGAAGGCUGUGAUGAAACCCCAAGAAUUGUUGGGACUUGAUCAUUUUUGUUCCUCUACAGUUCCUCCUCCUCCAGAAUUUAGAUGUCCAAUUUCUGGAGAACUCAUGAAAGAUCCUGUUAUCUUGGCCUCUGGUCAGACAUAUGAUGAGCCAUUUAUCCAAAAAUGGUUAAAAGAUGGUCAUCAGACAUGUCCUACAACUGAUCAUGUACUGCCUCAUACUCUGCUCACCCCUAAUCACUUGGCCAAGAAAAUUAUUACUAAAUGGAGCGAGGAGAACACAUGUGAGAUGUCCAGUGCUGUAAUGGAGGGUGACGAGGAAUAUGUAGAAGACGCAAACUUACAGCAGUUUACUACAGUUCUCGAACGGCUUUCCUCGUCUUCUCUUUCGGAUCAGAAAGGGGCGAUCAAAGAGACUCGGGAAGAUUUGGUUGCGACCAUUUUGAAUCUCUCUGUUCAUGACAGCAACAGAAAGCUAGUCGGGGAAACUACAUUGGCCAUUCAUUUUCUUAUCGAGUCCUUGAAAAGCGAAAGAAUUGUAACGAGGAGCAAUGCUGCUGCUGCCCUGUUGGUAUUAUCAACCCUCGACUCAAAUAAACACGUUAUUGGGAAAUCAGGAGCUAUUAAGCCCCUGAUCGACCUCGUGGAAGAAGGGCAUCCAUUGGCAAUGAAGGAUGCUGCUGCAGCAAUUUUAAGUUUAUGCGCUGUUGUGGAAAAUAGGGGUUGGGCUGUGACUUUAGGGGCAGUCACUGUAGUCACAAAAAAAGUUAUGAAUCAUAUUCUCAUUGAUGAAAUGUUAGACAUUCUUGCACUGCUGUGUAGCCAUCAGAAGGCUGUCGAGGAGCUUGGAGAGCUUGGGGCGGUAUCGUGCCUGCUCGACAUAUUAAGGGAGAACAUGAGCGAACUUAACAAGGAGAAGUGUGUUGCAAUCUUGUAUACGAUGUGUUUCAGUGAUAGAACAAAGCUGAGGGAGAUUCUGGCAGUAGAGAGCGCUUGUGAAACGCUCUCUAACGUUGCACGAACAGGAACUUCGAGGGCUAAAAGGAAAGCAAAUGGCAUUCUUGAGAGGCUAAAUAGAUUUGCUUUCACUUCAUACACUGCUUAA